AUGGGGAGCGAACCAUUUUACGACAGCGGUCUCACCCGUGCAGACCACAUUGUGCUAAAAAAUCUGGAGAACGACAUCAUUAAGAGACGGGAGGCUCACUCGGAACAAUCUAAAGCUGACAAUGACCGGCACCAUGUCUCAGCAGAGGCCCAGGCUGAACCGCAAGACGAAAAGGACUCAAUUGAGGCCACCAAAGACAUUGCUCUCCUCGAGUCUCUGAGAAACCCUAACGAUGCUCACUUUGAGUCAACCAUAUUUGUAUCCAUUGACGACCUUCCAAAUCGUCUUCCCAAGUCUGUCAACAAUCAGUGCUACAGCCAUUCGUUCGCUGGGCUCGAAAAACAGCCCGAUAUGUCACGGAUGUGGUGA